AUGGCCCCAAAGGAUCCCACGUUGUUUUGUGUUGUGGUGGUUCUGGGGGGCCUGGGACCUGAGAGGGAGUCUCUCUCGUGGCAGGUCUCCAGCAGCCUGUGGGCCGCUCAGGCACUCGCCUCUGGGCUACGCCCCCCGAACUUUGCCCAGCAAGUUAACAGUAGCUGCACCGCCAGCCUCCGAGAACCUUUGAAUCGUUCCCCCCCGGUAUUCAGCUCCUGGCCUAAAUUCCCUCGAAGCUGCGCGGCCGCGCAACCAGCUAUAAAGGGCCUCGCAGGCAGCUACAGGGACCUGGAGAGGAGAGAGGACCCAGCCAUGGCGGUGCUGCACUACUACCAGCGCCCCGGGGCGGAGGGCGUCCCCGUCUCCCUGCUGCGCUCGGCCCAGGCCGUGCUGGGGGGCGUCCGCGCCCUGCACCGGGAGCUGUGCUACAACGUCAGCUGGACAGGCGCGUCGCCCCCCAGCCCCCAGGAGACCCAGCUGCUGCACUGGCUCUUCGGCUGCCCCUUGCAAUCCGGAGACGUUGCCGCCGAGUCCUUCCUGCGCCCAGCGCCCACCGACCUGCUGAUGGAGAUCGGGCCGCGGCUGAACUUCUCCACGGCGUUCUCCACCAACGUGGCGUCCGUGUGCCGGGCCGUGGGGCUGGGCUGCGUGGAGCGUGUCGAGCGCUCCCACCGCUACCUGCUGCAGUGCGCCCGGCGCCCCACGCCCGCCGAGGAGGCCGCCCUGGAGGGGGUGCUCAGCGACCGGAUGACGGAGCAGCGCUACGAGGAGCCAAUCCGCAGCUUCGCCGUGGCCGCCCGCCCGGCCCCCACCUGGCAUGUGGAUGUGCUGGGGGGGGGCCGCACCGCGCUGGAGGGAGCCAGCCGGGAGCUGGGCCUGGCCUUCGACUCCUGGGACUUGGAUUUCUACACCGAGCUCUUCACGAAAUUGGGGCGCAACCCCACCAGCGUGGAGUGCUUCGACCUGGCCCAGUCCAACAGCGAGCACAGCCGACACUGGUUCUUCAAAGGGCGCCUCCUGGUGGACGGGAAGGAGGUCGCAGAGUCGCUGUUCGGCUCCAUCAUGCGCACCCAGGAGAGCAGCAACCCAAACAACGUCAUCAAAUUCUCCGACAACAGCAGCGCCGUCCAAGGCCGGGCCGUGUGCUCCCUGUGGCCCCGCGACCCGUCCCGCCCCAGCUGCUUCGAGAAGAGGACGUCGACCCGGCACGUCGUCUUCACUGCGGAGACCCACAACUUCCCCACGGGGGUGGCCCCGUUCAGCGGCGCCGCCACGGGGGCGGGCGGGCGGAUCCGGGACGUGCAGUGCACGGGGCGCGGGGCCCACGUCGUCGCCGGCACGGCCGGGUACAGCUUCGGGAACCUGCACAUCCCUGGCUACGCUCUGCCCUGGGAGGACCCGGCGUUGCCCUACCCCCAGAAGUACGCCCACCCCCUGCAGGUGGCCCUCAGGGCCAGCGAUGGCGCCUCGGACUACGGCAAUAAAUUCGGGGAACCUGUCCUGGCCGGGUUCGCCCGUUCCUUCGGCCAGCGGCUCCCCGACGGGCAGCGCCGUGAAUGGAUCAAACCCAUCAUGUUCAGCGGGGGGUUCGGCGCCAUGGAGGACAUUCACGUGCACAAGGAGCCCCCCGAGCCCGGGAUGCAGGUGGUGAAAGUGGGGGGCCCCGUGUACCGGAUCGGAGUCGGGGGGAGCUCAGCCUCCUCCAUCCAGGUGCAGGGGGACAACACCAGCGAGCUGGAUUUCGGGGCGGUGCAGCGGGGGGACCCCGAGAUGGAGCAGAAGAUGAACCGGGUGCUACGGGGCUGCGUGGAGAGAGGGAAGGCCAACCCCAUCUGCAGCCUGCACGACCAGGGGGCCGGGGGCAACGGAAACGUGCUGAAGGAGCUGUGUGACCCAGCCGGGGCCGUGAUCUACGCCAGCCGCUUCCAGGUGUGUGGGGACCCUCUGCCCCCCCACGCCAGCUGCUCCCAGAUGUGGGGACCCCCUGCCCCUCUGCCCCCCCA